AUGAUAACUUCUACUCUAAUAUCUCGUAUAAAAGAAGCUCAGAAGGAUGAUUUUCAAGUGCAAAAAUGGAAGGAAAAAGUUGAAAAAGGGACAAUACCUGACUUUAAUAUGAAUUCUGAUGGGAUAUUGAGGUAUCGCAAUCGAUUGGUUGUACCACAGGAUAAAGACAUUAAAAGGGAGAUAUUGGAAGAAUCUCACCGAUCACAAUAUACUGUACAUCUCGAUACGACAAAGAUGUACCAAGAUUUGAAAAAGUUAUACUGGUGGGAUGGUAUGAAGAAGGAGAACUACCAUCCCGACCCCACUCACGUUCUACACUCUGAGGACGUGGAGUUAGAUGAAACCCUCACCUAUAAAGAACAACCCGUACAGAUUUUGGAUCGAAAGGUGAAAGAACUAAAGAAUAAACGAAUAUCUUUGGUGAAGAUUUUAUGGAGAAAUCAUGAUGUGGAGGAAGCCACCUGGGAAGUGGAGGAAGACAUGCAAAAGAAGUAUCAUUCUCUGUUCACGAACAAAGAUAUUAAUUUCGAGGACGAAAUUGCUCUAAGAGGAGGAGGUUGUGAGACCUCGGUUAGUCAUUAA